AUGACCGCUGACGUACGGCACCAGAACAAACUCACCAAAUGUUUUGACGAUAUCAUGAAAGCAGCAGCUGAAAUGCUGGUGCAGCAGCAAAUUAAGAGUAUCCAGCUGAGUUCCAACAUAGCUCCAGGUUUCACACAAUCGCAGCACAAGCUGCUUGGCGAAAAAGUGCAUACGUUCCAUUCGGUUUUGGAUGACAUAGACUUGACACUCACGACUGCCAAAAGUUGCGUGGACAAGUUUGCAACAGAAGCCACCGAGCGCAGACAAAAACUAUUGGAGGAACAACGGCAGCAGCAAAAGCUCAAAGAGGAGCAAGAAGAGCGCGAGAGACGUCUUGUGGAAGCCCAGCGGGUUCCAGAACCGGCACCACCGAGCAGUGCAGAUUUUACAGAGUCCACGCCCGGCGCUUUUCUGAACGAGAUCUCGAAAACAGAGAUUGCGGGCUCCAAACCGAACUCCAAGGCAAGCAACGCCAGCAAGAGUGAUGCUGACAGUGGUAAAAAGAGCGGCAACUCCAACAGCAACUACGGUACAGACUUCAACGAUUUAAACGACCUCGAUCUCUCGAUGUUUGGUGGAAUGGAACAAAAUGACUUAGGCCUUGCUGAUUUUGGGGAGGAACAAAUGAGAACGAAUAUCGAAAAGACUGCAGCCAACGAAAAUGCCUACACUACGUCAAUGGGCCCCAGCAACAACGAUGAUCCCUCCCAGGCUUUGAAUAAUGACAACAAUGCCGCGAACCCUGAUAGCUACCUUACUUUGAACGAUUUCAAUGAUCUAGGGUUGGAUUGGAAUGCAUCUGAAGGUCAAAAUGGCCUGGACGAGUUUAGCAUAUAG